AUGUCUGAGGCUCGAAUGAUGAUAUCUUCAGUACAAGGGGCAUUUUUAAAGUUUCUUAUACAAAUAAGUAAAGCUAAAAGGGUAUUGGAAAUUGGAACUUUUACAGGUUAUUCAGCUUUGUGCAUGGCUGAAGCUCUGCAAGGACAAGGAUCCGAUGCCAAAGUAGUCACGUUGGAAAAUGACGAUGAGUUUUUUAAGGUGGCUAAAGAGAACAUAGAAUCAUCUGGACUCGGACAUCUGAUUGAGAUGAAGUUUGGCGAUGCGAAAGAGACACUUUUAAAUUUCGAUAAUUCUGUAAAAUUCGACCUAGUAUUUAUUGAUGCUGACAAAGGUGGUUAUAUCAAUUAUUAUAAUACUGUUCUCGAGCGAAAUCUUCUUUCAGAUGAUGGAUUUAUCUUCGCUGAUAAUGCUUUGUUCGACGGUUUUGUGUCACAAGUGCCCAAUACAAAAGACCUUAGUCAAUUUCCUGACUCGGCAAAAAAUAUGCAUGCAUUUAAUGAAUAUGUCAUUAAUGACCAUCGAACUACAAAGAUUCUUUUACCGUGCUUUGAUGGUGUCAUGUUAAUUCAAAAAAAGGCCUAA